AUGAAUGGUCAAGAAAUAGAGAAAUGCAAAACUUGUGGGGGCAACGUACCUCAAUAUCAUCGUAGACUGCAUGAUCUUUAUCCCUGUGGCGACUUUAUAGUAAAUCAAGAAGUUAAGAAUGAUUCAAAGGGUCAAGUAGCUCAUCAGUUAGUUUCUUUACCGUCUGCAUUUACUAGAGAACUGACACAAGUAGAAAGUUAUUGUGCGAUGAAAGGUCAGAAUAAAUUAUAUGAUGAUCACGUAAAGAUAUUAAUAGUAGGAGAUGAAGGCGUUGGAAAGACGACUCUAUUGACCAGUUAUGUGGAAAAAAAAUUUCCUGAAAGAGAACUGCCUACUUGUAGUGAACAUUUUUCCACUGUUGUAGAGAGUAGAAAUAAAAGAAAAAUUGAACUAUCUUUGUGGGAUAUAUCAGCACAUGAAGGAGCUCAACGGUUAAGACCGAUUUCAUACUCUAAUUCUGAUGUGGCCCUAGUUUGCUAUUCUAUGGAUAAUCCAAAAAGUCUGUAUAAUGCAGAGAGGUUGUGGGUACAAGAGAUAAAUCAUUUUUGUGCAGACACUCCAAUCAUUCUAGUAGGUUUGAAGCUUGACUUGAUUAAGAGUUCCAAAAGAAAUAGUAAUUCACAUAACAGGGAAAAAUCCCUUCAAAGAAUGUCCAAUAAAGAAUUAAAUCAAAUAUGUAAUAGACUAAACAUUUUUGCUCAUAUGGAAUGCUCGGCCAAGACUUUGGAGAAUGUAGAUAAUGUAAUUAGCUUUGCAAUAAACACCACUGUAGAUUACAAACCCAAGCUUGCCUCCAAAAGUAUAUUUCGAAGGAAAAGUGGUAAAAAGGAAAAUGCUAAUGUUACCACAACUCUUCAUAAAAACGCUUCUAACGAAGAAAUAAAUCAGGAUAAAGAAGAUUCGGAAAGACUUACUUCAAAUUCUAUCAUAACAAAGAGUGAAGAGUCUUUACUAAAUGAAGAGUUGAAAAGAAAAGAUAUUAAAUAUAGUAAAUCCAAGUUAGGAAUAAAAAGGAAAAAUAGAAACAGUUUAAUAGACCAAGAUAUUCUACAGAAUUAUGAGCCCCAUAUGAAUCCUUAUAACAGGGAAAAAAAAAGUGACAGCAAUGAAAGGUCUAAUGGUAAUAAAUGUGUUAUAUCUUAA